CGUCACGCGCUCUGUUGGACUUCCUCAGUGAAGACCAAACCGAAAGUAACUGAGGAGAGUAGCGGUAACUUGUCGCCCCCCGAGUCCGAGAGAAGACCCCCCAGAUCAGCGCUGUGGACUCAACACGGUUGACUUUCACAUCCUGCUCAUAAGGUCCAUCAUGGAACCUCCUGAAUUCAGCAACGGAGAACCCAGCUGCAUGUCUAUGAAGAGUGACUGGUCCAUGGGGGAACCUCUGGGAUUCAGCAGAGGAGGAAGAGAACCCAGCUGCGUGUCUAUGAAGAGUGACUGGUCCAUGGGGGAACCUCUGGGAUUCAGCAGAGGAGGAAGAGAACCCAGCUGCGUGUCUAUGAAGAGUGACUGGUCCAUGGGGGAACCUCUGGGAUUCAGCAGAGGAGGAAGACAACCCAGCUGUGUGUCUAUGAAGAGUGACUGGUCUAUGGGGGAACCUCUGGGAUUCAGGAGAGGAGGAAGACAACCCAGCUGUGUGUCUAUGAAGAGUGACUGGUCUAUGGGGGAACCUCCUGGAUUCAGGAGAGGACGAGGAGGAGAACCCAGCUGUGUGUCUAUGAAGAGUGACUGGUCUAUGGGGGAACCUCUGGGAUUCAGGAGAGGAGGAAGACAACCCAGCUGUGUGUCUAUGAAGAGUGACUGGUCUAUGGGGGAACCUCCUGGAUUCAGGAGAGGACGAGGAGGAGAACCCAGCUGUGUGUCUAUGAAGAGUGACUGGUCUAUGGGGGAACCUCUGGGAUUCAGGAGAGGACGAGGAGGAGAACCCAGCUGUGUGUCUAUGAAGAGAGACCGGUUCAUGGGGAAACGUCCUGGAUUCAGGAGAGGACGAGGAGGAGAACCCAGCUGUGUGUCUAUGAAGAGUGACUGGUCUAUGGGAGAACCUCUGGGAUUCAGGAGAGGACGAGGAGGAGAACCCAGCUGUGUGUCUGUGAGCCCAAAACUGAACUCCACAGAAACAGCACUGCUGAUAAACUCUCUGGUGGAGGAAACUGAAGACCUUCAUCUGGAUUCUUAUCAACCAGUGAACGAUGUCCUGAGCAGAAUCUUAAAGACACACAAAACCAGCAUGAAGAACAAGUACGAGAGCUUAUUUGAGGGAAUCAGAACAGAAGAGAAUAAAACCCUCCUGAACAGGAUUUACACACAGCUCUACAUCAUAGAGGGAGAGAGUGAAGGAGUGAAUGAGGAACAUGAGGUUCUACAGAUGGAGAAAAAAACCAGGAAACACCUACAAGACAUUCCAAUCGACUGCUUAGACAUCUUUAAAGAAGAAACAGAAAAGGGAAACAUUAGAGCUACAACAGCUAAACAUGUCAGACGAAAAGAAAGAAAAGAGGGUGAAGAACCAAAACAGCGAAAGAUCAAAGCAGUUCUGACUAAAGGAAUCGCUGGAAUUGGAAAAACUGUCUCAGUGCAGAAGUUCAUUCUGGACUGGGCUGAAGGAAAAGCCAAUCAGGACGUAGAGCUCAUGAUUGUGCUUCCGUUCCGGGAGCUGAACCUGAUUAAAGAUCAUCAAUACAGUCUUCAUGAACUUCUGUGUGGUUUCCAUCCUGAGCUCAAAGAUCUGAACCCAGAGGUUUACGAUCAGAUCAAAGCUGUGUUUAUAUUUGAUGGUCUGGAUGAAAGCAGAAUUCCACUGGACUUUGAACAGUGUGAGAAAGUAUCUGACAUCACCAUGACAUCAUCAGUUGGUGUGUUGAUGACAAAGCUCAUCAAAGGAGAGCUGCUACCCUCUGCUCUGAUCUGGAUCACCUCCAGACCAGCAGCAGCCAAUCAGAUCCCUCCUAAAUACAUCAGCCGUGUGACAGAGAUUCAGGGAUUCAGUGACCCACAGAAGGAGGAGUACUUCAGGAAGAGGAUCAGUGAUGAAGACCAAGCCAAGAGUAUCAUUUCCCACAUUAAGACAGUAAGGAGCCUCCACAUCAUGUGCCACAUUCCAGUCUUCUGCUGGAUAUCAGCCACUGUUCUUCAGAGAAUCAUGAAGCAGGAUCAUACAGAAAUCCCUAAAACUCUGACUGAAAUGUACUCGCACUUCCUGCUCACUCAGACCAGCAUGAAGAAUGAGAAGUAUGAGGAGAAAAAGAGCAGAAACCCAAAGAACCUGCUGGAGUCCAACAGAACCAUGAUUCUGAAACUGGCUAAACUGGCUUUCAAUCAGCUGAUGAAGGGCAAUGUGAUGUUCUAUGAAGAGGACCUGAGAGAGAACGGUAUUGAUGUCACUGACGCCUCAGUGUAUUCUGGGAUUUUCACUGAGAUCUUUAGGGAGGAAUGUGUGCUUUUCCAGAGGAAGGUCUACAGCUUUGUUCAUCUGAGCUUUCAGGAGUUCCUGGCUGCUGUCUUUGUGUUUCACUGCUAUGAGAGCAAAAUCAUGGAGCCCCUGCAGUGUUUAAAACCAAGUAAUAGAGCGGCUUUUUACUCACAAAAAAGAGGGUGGUCUAAGAAAGCUCCACUCUAUGAUCUGCUGAAAGGAGCAGUGAAUAAAGCCUUAGAGAGUCAGAAUGGACACCUGGAUCUUUUCCUCCGUUUCCUGCUGGGCAUCUUGCUGGAGUCUAAUCAGACACUCCUACAGGGUCUACUGACACACAUACAGAGACCACCAGAGAGAAUUAAAGAGCACAUCAAGGACAAAAUAACAGAUACAGAUAGACGACAUCACAUCUCAGCUGAGAGAUCCAUUAAUCUGUUCUUCUGUCUGUCUGAAAUGAAUGACCAGACUCUCUUCAGACAGAUUGAGGAGUAUCUAAAAUCAGAGAAACACUCAGGUGAAGAUCUUUCUCCUGCACAGUGUUCAGCACUAGCCUACAUGAUCCUGAACUCUGAGGAGGUUCUGGAUGAGCUGGAUCUGAAGAAAUACAGGACAUCAGAGGAGGGUUAUAGGAGACUGAUCCCUGCUGUGACCGCCUGCAGAAAAGCCCAGCUUGCUGGCUGUAAACUCAGCAGGGACUCCUUUAAAACCAUCUGUUCUGCUCUGCAAUCAGCAAACUGCCCUCUCAAAGAUCUGGACCUCAGUUUCAAUGACCUGCAGGGUUCAGGAGUGGAGCUGCUCUCUGCUGGACUGAAGAGUUCACACUGCAAACUGGAGACACUCAGGCUUGCUGACUGUAAACUCAGCAGGGGCUCCUUUAAAACCAUCUGUUCUGCUCUGCAAUCAGCAAACUGCCCUCUCAAAGAUCUGGACCUCAGUUUCAAUGACCUGCAGGGUUCAGGAGUGGAGCUGCUCUCUGCUGGACUGAAGACCUCACACUGCAAACUGGAGACACUCAGGCUUGCUGGCUGUGAACUCAGCAGGGGCUCCUUUAAAACCAUCUGUUCUGCUCUGCAAUCAGCAAACUGCCCUCUCAAAGAUCUGGACCUCAGUAGAAAUGACCUGCAGGAUUCAGGAGUGGAGCUGCUCUCUGCUGGACUGAAGAGUUCACACUGCAAACUGGAGACACUCAGGCUUGCUGGCUGUAAACUCAGCAGGGACUCCUUUGAAACCAUCUGUUCUGCUCUGCAAUCAGCAAACUGCCCUCUCAAAGAUCUGGACCUCAGUAUCAAUGACCUGCAGGGUUCAGGAGUGGAGCUGCUGUCUGCUGGACUGAAGAGUUCACACUGCAAACUGGAGACACUCAGGCUUGCUGGCUGUAAACUCAGCAGGGACUCCUUUAAAACCAUCUGUUCUGCUCUGCAAUCAGCAAACUGCCCUCUCAAAGAUCUGGACCUCAGUAGCAAUGACCUGCAGGAUUCAGGAGUGGAGCUGCUCUCUGCUGGACUGAAGAGUUCACACUGCAAACUGGAGACACUCAAGCUUGCUGGCUGUAAACUCAGGAGGGACUCCUUUGAAACCAUCUGUUCUGCUCUGCAAUCAGCAAACUGCCCUCUCAAUGAUCUGGACCUCAGUAUCAAUGACCUGCAGGGUUCAGGAGUGGAGCUGCUCUCUGCUGGACUGAAGAGUUCACACUGCAAACUGGAGACACUCAGGCUUGCUGGCUGUAAACUCAGCAGGGACUCCUUUGAAACCAUCUGUUCUGCUCUGCAAUCAGCAAACUGCCCUCUCAACGAUCUGGACCUCAGUUUCAAUGACCUGCAGGAUUCAGGAGUGGAGCUGCUCUCUGCUGGACUGAAGAGUUCACACUGCAAACUGGAGACACUCAGAUUAGCUUCCUGUAAUCUUGGUGGUGAAGCUUGUGAAAUUCUCAGCUCUGUUCUGCAAUUAAACUCCUCUCUGAAAGAGCUGGACCUCAGUAGCAAUGACCUCCAGGACUCCGGAGUGAAGCUGCUCUCAGUGAAAUUGAAGAGUUCACACUGUAAACUGGAAAUACUGAGAUUGUCUGGUUGUAUGGUGACAGAUGACGCUUGUUCUUCUCUGGCUUCAGCUCUGAUAUCAAACCCCUCCCACCUGAGAGAACUGGAUCUGAGCUAUAAUCACCCAGGAGAGUCUGGAGUGAAGCUGCUCUCUGAUUUACUGGAGGAUCCACACUGCGCACUGGAGAAACUACAGGUGGAUCAUGGAGGGAAGAUCAGGAUGAAACCAGGACUGAAGAAAUAUGCUGUUGGUCUCACUCUGGAUCCAAACACAAUGAACAGUCGUCUCUCUCUGUCUGAGGGGAACAGAAAGGUGGAGCGGGUGGGAGAAGAUCAGCCGUAUCCAGAUCAUCCAGACAGAUUUGAUUACUAUCCUCAGGUUCUGUGUGUGGAGAGUCUGACUGGACGCUGUUACUGGGAGGUUCAGUGGAGCGGAUAUGGAGCUGAUAUAUCAGUGUCAUACAGAGGAAUCAGGAGGAAAGGAGUCAAUGACUGGUUUGGACUGAAUAAUCAGUCCUGGAGUCUGAACUGCUCUGAGAACAGUUACACUGUCUGGCACAAUAAUCAGGGAACUGACCUACCUGUCCCCCCCUCCCCCUCCAACAGAGUGGGAGUGUAUCUGGACUGGGGGUCCGGCGCUCUGUCCUUCUACACCAUCUCACCCAACACACACACACUGUCCCACCUACACACACUCACCACCACAUUCACUGAACCGCUCUACGCUGGAUUUUGUAUUUAUCCUCAUUCCUCAGUGAGUCUGUAUGAGACAGAAUAACCUCCACACAGUGUGUGUGUGUGUGUGUGUGUGUGUGUGUGUGUGUGUGUGUGUGAGAGAGAGAGACAGAAUGUUUCCCCCAGAUUGAGCGGGAAGUUCUACAAUUUAAAAAACGUCCAGUUGGUCAGUUGGUUUGGAGUUUAAAGCUCUUCUGUCUUGUUUCUCCAGAAUAAGUUCAUUUACAGACGUUUAGAGAAUCGCAGACCGCAAAGAUUCACUGUCAUGUAGUUUUGGCUCCAACAGCUCUGCAGAUGGUUGGUUGCUAGGUAACAGGCAUAACAGUGGACUGUCCACUUCCAUCGAGCAGGUUAAGAUCUCCUAACUUGAGCGCUGGGGAUCGAACCGGCGACCUUCCGAGAAAGUGAAGCUGCAUCUGAAAAAACAUUAGUAGUACUUAUCAUACACUUUCGAUCAGUUUAUGAUUUAUGACCCGUGAUUUAUGACCCCCUCUCUGUGACAGGCAGGUUUGAGGGACAGGUCAGCCUGUGUCUGUGGUUUACGACCCCUCUCUGUGGUGUGGGUGAGUUUAUCAGUGUGAUAAAAAGUGCCAGAACGUCUAGACCGCAAAUCAAUUUGAAACAUUUAUUUAGUCUUACUGAAACUGUUUGCUCCAGAGACAAGUUUAUUUUUUUAUUUUGUUAAUAUUUGCUCUGGUUGUGUGUACAAUAUUUAAUAAGAGUCCAGAGUCUGACCAGGUUUGAAUUUGUCCAAAGAACGUGUUUUCUCUUUUGUUUUUAAGAAUGAAAAAGAGACUGUUACACUAUAGGAUAAUGUCCAAUUGUGCUUUUAAAGUCUAUAAUAAAGGCCACAAUAAGGUU